AGGAGGAGGAGGAGGAGAAGGCGCCGAAGGAGGAGGCAGGCGCCCCGCUGCUGCCAGCCUCGCCACCACUGCGCUGCAGGGCGCCCUCCAGCCCGGGACCCCGCCGGCAGCAGCAGCAGCAGCAGCGGAGCAGCAUGGCCUUGAGCGUCCACCUGAAGACCGUCACCGACCUCCGGGGCAAAGGCGAGCGCAUCGCCAAAGUGGCCUUCCGAGGUCUCUCCUUCUACACUCGAGUGCUUGAGAACUGUGAGGAUGAAGCUGCAUUUGAUGAGACGUUCCGAUGGCCCAUCGCCAGCAGCAUCGAUGUCAACGAAAUGUUGGAAAUCCAGGUGUUCAACUACAGCAAAGUCUUCUCCAACAGGCUCAUUGGGACAUUCCGGAUGGUCCUGCAGAAGGUGGUGGAGGAAGGGCAGUUGCAAGUGACGGAUACCUUAAUAGACGACAACAAUGCCGCCAUCCGGACCAGUGUCACCAUUGAGAUUCGAUACCAGGCCAUGGACGGCACGGUUGGGGCUUGGAAUGACGAGGAGUUCUUGGAGAGUCCCAAUGCACGUCCGGAGGGCGACCCCUUUGAGACAGAUGUCCUGCUUUCCAGCCACCAGCAGUCCCCCAGCAAGACCAGCGCAGCAGAGAAGGCUCUCCGCCUCCGCAGCAAACUCUCCGGAUUCCAGACUAAGAACCAUGACGGGUACAAAUCCAUAGCCAGUGAUAAAGUGAAGGGGAAAGAGAAAAAGCAUCUCCAUUUGCCCUUCAGCAAAGGCAAAGAGAAGACACACAAAGCUGGGAAAGGAGUCUUUUCAGCCAUGAAGCUGGGCAAGGCUCGUCCCGGGAAAGACGACCAUCACAGGAAGCAAGAUGAACCAGCCGUUCUGGAGGCAGAAGACCUGGACCGGAAAGCCAUGCGGCUCGGAGGAGCACUGGACCCAGACACCAUCUCCCUGGCCUCAGUCACAGCGGUCACCACCAAUGUGUCCAACAAGAGAUCAAAGCCAGAUAUUAAAAUGGAGCCCAGUGCUGGGAGACCCAUGGAUUACCAGGUCAGCAUCACGAUAAUUGAGGCACGGCAGCUGGUGGGGCUGAACAUGGACCCCGUGGUGUGUGUGGAGGUUGGGGAUGAGAAGAAGUACACAUCCAUGAAAGAAUCUACCAACUGCCCCUACUAUAAUGAGUACUUUGUUUUCGACUUCCACGUGCCUCCUGACGUUAUGUUCGACAAAAUCGUCAAGCUAUCGGUCAUUCACUCCAAGAACCUGCUGCGCAGCGGGACCCUGGUGGGCUCUUUCAAGAUGGACGUAGGCACUGUGUACAGCCAGUCCGAGCACCAGUUCUACCACAAGUGGGCCAUCUUGUCAGACCCUGAGGACAUCACGGCUGGCCUGAAAGGCUACCUGAAAGUCGACAUCGCUGUGGUGGGCAAAGGAGACAACAUCAAGACUCCACACAAAGCAAAUGAGACCGACGAAGACGACAUCGAGGGGAACUUGCUCCUUCCAGAUGGAGUUCCCGCAGAACGGCAGUGGGCGCGCUUCUAUCUCAAGAUCUACCGGGCAGAAGGGCUUCCACGCAUGAACACCAGCCUCAUGGCCAACGUGAAGAAGGCCCUCAUUGGGGAGAACAAGGAUCUGGUAGACCCUUACGUCCAGGUGGUCUUUGCAGGACAGAAGGGGAAAACGUCUGUCCAGAAGAGCAGCUACGAACCCUUUUGGAACGAGCAGAUUGUCUUCACGGAAAUGUUCCCCCCACUGUGCAAGCGGAUCAAGGUCCAGAUCCGUGACUCUGACAAGGUCAACGACGUGGCCAUCGGGACCCACUUCAUCGACCUGAGGAAGAUCUCCAAUGAAGGAGACAAAGGUUUCCUGCCCACGUUUGGGCCUGCCUGGGUGAACAUGUACGGCUCCACCCGCAACUACACCCUCAUGGAUGAGCACCAGGACCUGAACGAGGGCCUGGGCGAGGGAGUCUCCUUCCGUGCCCGCCUCCUCCUCAGCCUGGCUGUGGAGAUCUUGGACACCAGCAACCCCGAGAUCACCAGUUCCACCGAAGUUCAGCUGGAGCAGGCCAUGGCGGUCACUGAUAACUGCACUGGCAAGAUGGAGGAGUUCUUUCUCUUCGGGUCCUUCCUGGAAGCCACCAUGAUCGACAGAAAGAAUGGGGACAAACCUAUCAACUUUGAAGUCACAAUCGGCAAUUAUGGCAAUGAAAUUGAUGGGAUGUCCAAACCCAUCAUCAAGAGGAAGAAAGAUGGUGGGGAUGGCAAUGAGGAAGAGUCAGAACUUCUGCAGAGUGUGAGUGACGAGGAAGACGCUGAUGACGGGGAGUUUAUCUCCAUCUCCACUUCUGCACCAAUGAAGCCUUUGAUCACUGACAGGAACUAUUUCCACUUGCCGUACUUUGACAAGAAGCCAUGCAUCUACAUCAAGAGCUGGUGGCAGGACCAGAGGCGCCGCCUCUACAACGCCAACAUCAUGGACAAGAUUGCAGACAAGCUGGAAGAGGGACUGAAUGAUGUGCACGAGAUGAUCAAGACGGAGAAGCCCCAUCCUGAGCGACGUCUCCGGGGGGUGCUGGAGGAGCUGAGCAGCGGGUGCCUGCGCUUUGUGACCAUCGCCAACAAGGACCAGAACCACUCCUCCCGCACACGGCUGGACCGAGAGAGACUGAAAUCUUGCAUGAGGGAGCUGGAGACGAUGGGCCAACAGGCCAAGAGCCUGCGAUCCCAGGUGAAGAAAACCACUAUCCGAGAGAAACUGAAGCAGGCUCAGAACUUCCUACAAAAGCUGCGGUUCCUGGCAGACGAGCCCCAACACAGCAUCCCCGACAUCUUCAUUUGGAUGAUGAGCAACAACAAGCGCAUUGCCUACGCCCGCAUCCCCUCCAAGGACAUCCUCUAUUCUAUUGUGGAUGAAGAGAUGGGCAAAGACUGUGCAAAAGUGAAGACCGUCUUCCUGAAGUUACCUGGGAAAAAGGGGUUUGGGCCAGCCGGCUGGACAGUGCAAGCCAAGAUGGAGAUCUACCUGUGGCUGGGACUCAACAAGCAGCGCCGGGAUUUCCUGAGCGGCCUGCCCUGCGGCUUUGAGGAGAGGAAGCUGCCCAAGGGCCAAGGCGUCCCGUCCUUCCCACCCAUCAGCCUCCUCUACAACAAGAAGCAGGUCUUCCAGCUCAGAGUCCACAUGUACCAGGCCAGGAGCUUGUUUGCAGCAGACAGCAGCGGCCUCUCUGACCCCUUCGCCCGGGUUUUCUUCAUCACGCAAAGCCAGUGCACCGAGGUCCUCAACGAGACGCUUUGCCCUACCUGGGACCAGCUGCUGGUGUUCGACAAUGUGGAGCUCUAUGGGGAAGCCCACGAGAUGCGGGACGACCCACCCAUCAUUGUCAUUGAGAUCUAUGACCAGGACACGGUGGGGAAGGCUGAUUUCAUGGGCCGGACAUUCGCCAAGCCAGUUGUGAAGAUGUCGGAUGAGGAAUACUGCCCCCCGCGCUUCCCGCCCCAGCUGGAGUACUACCAGAUCUACCGGGGCAACUCUACUGCCGGCGACCUCCUGGCUGCCUUUGAACUGCUGCAGCUCCCAUACGAUGAGGAGGAGAUCAGGCGAGCCUUGCUGGCAGCCACCGAUCCUUGCGUGCCACAGAUCCAGAUUGGCCCGGCUGGGAAGUCAGACCUGCCUCCCAUUGAUGGCCCCACAGACAUGGACCGGGGUCCCAUCCUGCCAGUGCCUCUGGGGAUACGCCCUGUGCUAAGCAAAUACAGGGUGGAGAUCCUGUUCUGGGGACUGCGAGACCUGAAGCGCGUGAACCUGGCCCAGGUGGAUCGGCCGCGAGUGGAUAUCGAAUGUGCUGGGAGGGGAGUCCAGUCCAGCCUCAUCCAGAAUUACAAGAAGAACCCUAAUUUCAGCACCUUGGUCAAGUGGUUUGAAGUGGAUCUGCCGGAAAAUGAGCUCCUUCAUCCUCCCCUGAACAUCCGCGUGGUGGAUUGCCGCGCCUUUGGGCGCUACACCCUGGUGGGCAGCCAUGCAGUCAACUCCCUGCGCAAAUUCAUCUACAGGCCUCCAGAUAAGAAAGCUCAGCACUGGAGCACAGCAGCUAAGCUCAUGAACGCCUAUGCAGCCCUGGCAAAUGGAGGCCCCUACUCUCACCCCACAGGUGAAAUUGUGGUCAACAUGGAGCCGGAGGCUCCCAUCAAGAAGAUGGAGACCAUGGUGAAGCUUGAAGCGCAUUCCGACGCAGUCGUGAAGAUCGAUGUGUCGGAAGAGGAGAAGGAGAAAAAGAAGAAGAAGAAGAAGAAGAAAGGAGGAGAAGACAUUGAGGAGGAUGAGCCUGAUGAGAGCAUGCUGGAUUGGUGGUCCAAGUAUUUUGCUUCCAUCGAGACCAUGAAGGAGGAACUCCGGCAGCAGGAGGCAGCCGCAGCAGAAGCGGAGGAGAAGGAAGAAAUGGACAUGGCUGAGGAAAUCAGACUUGAUGACUCUCCCGUGAAAGGCUCCAAGGGCCAAGGGAAGACCAAGGAGAAGGUCAAGGCGCCCAAAGAGGACAAGAAGAAGAAGCAGCAGCAGCAGCAACAGCAACAGCUUCCCGAAGCUCCUGAGAAGAAGAACAAGCAGAAGAUCGACGAGAUGAAGGUGUACCCCAAAGAGCUGGAAUCUGACUUUGACCACUUCGAAGACUGGCUGCACACCUUCAACCUCCUUCGUGGGAAGAUUGGCGAUGACGACGACAAUGCGGCAGAUGAGGACCGCAUCGUAGGCAGGUUCAAAGGCUCCAUGUGUGUCUACAAAGUGCCACUUCCCGAUGACAUCACUAAGGAAGCUGGGUACGACCCCAAUUUCGGCAUGUUCCAGGGAAUCCCGAGCAACGACCCCAUCAACGUGCUGGUCCGCAUCUACGUUGUCAGGGCCACUGAUUUGCACCCCGCUGAUAUCAAUGGCAAAGCUGACCCUUAUGUCGUCAUUAAGCUGGGGAAGACGGACAUCAAGGACAAGGAGAACUACAUCUCAAAGCAGCUGAACCCAAUCUUUGGAAAGUCAUUUGACAUUGAGGCCACAUUCCCCAUGGAAUCCAUGCUGACGGUGGCGAUCUACGACUGGGACUUGGUGGGCUCUGAUGAUCUGAUUGGCGAGACGAAGAUCGACCUGGAGAACCGAUACUACAGCAAGCACAGGGCCACCUGUGGGGUCGCCAAGACCUAUGCCAUACACGGCUACAAUAUCUGGCGAGACCCUCAAAAGCCCACCCAGGUCCUCUCCAAGUUGUGCAAAGAGGGCAAACUGGACGGGCCCCACUAUGGCCCUGGAGGCCGGGUGAAGGUUACCAACCGGGUCUUCAUGGGCCCCACGGAAGUGGAGGAUGAGAAUGGUCAGAAGAAGCAGACGGACGAGCACCUGGCGCUGACGGUGCUGCACCACUGGGACGAGAUCCCCCGUGUGGGCUGCAAGCUCGUGCCCGAGCAUGUGGAGACGCGGCCCUUGCUAAACCCUGACAAGCCAGGCAUUGAACAGGGACGGCUGGAGAUGUGGGUGGACAUGUUCCCCAUGGACAUGCCAGCACCAGGCCCCGCCAUUGACAUUUCGCCAAGGAAGCCAAAGAAGUAUGAGCUGCGGGUAAUUAUUUGGAACACCGAUGAGGUGGUCCUGGAAGACGAUGCUUUCCUGACGGGCGAGAAGAUGUCAGACAUCUAUGUCAGGGGGUGGCUGAAGGGGCAGCAGGAAGACAAGCAGGACACGGACGUCCACUACCACUCGCUGACGGGCGAGGGGAACUUCAACUGGCGCUACAUCUUUCCUUUCGACUACCUUGCUGCUGAGGAGAAGAUCGUGAUCUCUAAGAAAGAGUCUAUGUUCUCCUGGGACGAGACCGAGUACAAGAUUCCGGCCCGACUCACGCUACAGGUGUGGGAUGCUGACCACUUUUCCGCCGACGACUUCCUUGGAGGGAUUGAGCUCGACCUCAACCGCUUUCCGCGAGGGGCAAAGACAGCCAAGCAGUGCACCAUGGAGCUGGGCACUGGCGAGAUCGAGCUGCCCAUGGUCUCCAUCUUCAAGCAGAAGAGAGUGAAGGGCUGGUGGCCCUUCUUGGCACGAGAUGAGAACGAUGAGAUGGAGAUGACGGGUAAGGUGGAGGCCGAGCUGCACCUCCUGACGGCCGAGGAAGCUGAGAAAAGUCCAGCCGGGCUGGCUCGUAACGAGCCCGACCCAUUGGAGAAACCCAAUCGUCCGGACACUUCCUUCAUCUGGUUCUUGAACCCGCUCAAGUCUAUCAGGUACCUCAUCUGCACCCGUUACAAGUGGCUGAUCAUCAAGAUCGUGCUGGCCCUCCUGCUGAUCAUCAUGGUGGCCCUCUUCCUCUACUCCAUGCCCGGCUACAUGGUCAAGAAACUCCUGGGGGCCUGAGAGGGAGCUGCCCCACAGCCAGGCUCCUCCAGAGGAGACCCGUUCCUCUUGGCCUCGGCCUCUUGUUUGUGUUUCUCUCGUGUGGCAUCCUUGCGUUUCUUUUCCGGAAUUCAGAGGGCAGGCAGCGGGGCUCAGAAUCUGCUUGGCUUGUGUCUUGGGAAGGCGGAGAAGGGAGUUGGCCAACCCACUGCUUUGGGGUUCUCCCCUCCAGUUCCCCUCAGUCCCCAGACCGGGCCUCAACCCGGAGUGUCUCUUUGUCUCUUCCGCCUGGCCUGCCCGUCGCCUCCGCUGGCGCAGUCUCCACAGGCUGCUGCUGAGGCAGCUUUGCCUCCGCCCUCCGUUUCUGCUCCGUGUGGGUUUGACAUGUCUCAUCUCUCUCUGCUGUCCCUUUCCCCUUGUUUCACUUCCAGAGCUGAGGCCACAGGCAGGUCCCCGCUCCCCAGAGUGUGGCGUGAUCAGUGACUGAGGAGGGCUUGGGACCUUGGGGUGGUGUCUGGGCGGCCUUUUGCUUUGGGAAGGGGAGGCAGGCCUUCUCCUUGGCAAUGGGCACAGCCGUGCCUUCCUGCUGCUGCGGCUCACCCAGGCGGGAAGAACCAGCGCUGGCACUGGAGCACUGUCUGGAUGGAUCCCCGAUGGACUAGAGCUGCCCUGCUCUUCCAAGGAUGGGCAACAUGCAAAGGCUGGUCAGUCUAUCCGCUGUAGCCAGUGAGGGGCGUCUCCACCAGGGGGAGAGUGGGGGACCAGAGAGGCUGCGCUACAAAGCAGGCAGGCUCAAGAAAGCAGUUUGGAUCUUGCCGGAGAUGGUGUUCGGCAAACCAGUCAUCGGCAGUCUGAGGAUGACCAUGACCUGUAAUGCAGGGUCCUUGCAAGGAUUACAAAAUAAGGUGAGGGAAUAGGGAAGCGCUCCAUUAGAUGAGAAGGAUCAGCAUUUGUUAGGUGGGAUUUGUUAGGUUGGGAAGGAUCAGCCUGGGUGGCUCCCACUGGCUUCCGGCUUCCCCUGCCAGGCUCUUGAAAAACAGCCCAGAAACUCAGUUGCAACUAUGCUUGUCACACACAAACACACACACACACCCCAAUACAGACAGGAAGGCAGGAGAGGGUUAAGCCUCCCAUGUCCCAGCACCCGCACUGUGACAGGCCAGUUCCCACCUUGGGCCAGGUGUUCUGGCUCCUUGUAGGCUUGAGAAACUACCCAGACACCCGGGCUCAAGAAAAGAGCCGAAGGAAAGGCAGCCUUUCCGAGUGGGGCAAGAGGCCCCGUGCAGCCUCUGAUGGCCAAGUCUGGAGCAGUUGCCUGUCCACAGAAGGUGGGAUGGAGCCCGUGGCCGAGUGGAAUGUCCAGUCACUCGGCAAAGUGAGCCACUGCUCACACACACACACCCCGGGCCAGUUAUGAGGGGCCAGCCCCACCAGCCAGCCAACCUGUCACUUUUUUGCCAUUGCAAAAACCUGAGCAAAACCUCCCACGUGAGGCAGGGGACCAGUUCAGCCAAGCUGUCGUAUUUGGAGAGAAAGGGGGCCCGUCCUGUCUCUGGCGUUCAGCAGAUGCGGGGAAGGGAGCGCCUCGCUGAAACCAGGCAGUGCUAGUGAAGCCCACUGAGCAGGAGGAUGAGCGGGGAAAGGAGGAGGCCUGACUCUCUCCAACCCAAUCACCUGCCAGGGGACUGCAGGCCUAGCUGGCAACACCAGAGGAGGGGUUACUCAUGGCUGGGAUGGCAGCACCAUCCCUAGGCCGCGUUGAGCACCUCCCCAGGGCCCCUUGGUGUGCGAAGGGCACACCGGAGCCCCCUUCUGGCCCACACGCAGAUGAAGGAAGUGCUGCCGAUGGGGCAUUCUCGUUGCCAGGAGGGGCCUGGCCCCGGAAUGUAAGCCUCCAUCGUGUCCCCAGGUGCCCCCUCCCCCAGCCAUGCAAGCAUGCUGCUUCCAUCAUGCCCACGCCACAUGCCUCUGAGUCCACCCUCCCUGCUCCUAACCCUGCGCCUGGGAGCCAAGCAGGCAGGGUGCACUGGGGAUCUCUCACACACACCCAUGUGGGCCGACUGCAACCCUCACGCAUGGAGGCUGGGGUUGCCAAAAGCUGGGGUGGGCUGAUUUCUGGGUGAGCAACUAGCCCUUGGUGGCCUUCCGACACAAGCACCGGAUCUUUUCAGGGCAUACUUGGGAGGAGGUCAGGUGGAGGUGCCCUGCAUUGCAAGGGAAGCACAGCGACCACAGCUGGGGCUCCAGCAGUCCCAGGGAGCAAAAAAAGGAAGAAGCAGGGGGCCACGGAGAGGCCAGGGAGGGCCUGGGGUGGGCAGAGAAGCCACGUGGCCCGCAGGCUCUAGCACCAGAGGUCUCUGGAGAACCCAGCACAAGGUGCUGCUUUUCUGUCCUGCUCUCUGCAGCGCUGAAACACGCAAGGUUGGAGUGUUUCGAGCAGGCUGCCUUUCUCUUUUCUGAGGUGUGUGCGAGAUUGAUCCUGUUUCUCUACUGUCGUGGGGAGGCUUCUGGUGGGGGUGGGCGUGUUCUCUGGGCACUGGGAAUACCGUGUCUUUGGAAUUUGCUGUAUGAGCCGAGAAAAAUCCUGUACGUUCUUUAAUAAAAACAGACCACCAGAAA